GUCUCAAACUUCAUCUUCUUCGUCAUUUCCUCCUUCAAUAGUUUUGCCUCCUCAUUCUCUAUCAACCUUCCUCCUUUCUUUCCCUGCUCAUCCUUCUUCUUUCUCUCUCUUUCUCUUCUCCCUUCUUCUUCCUCUCCAAAUCUGGGUUUUUCUCAAACCUAGAUAUGGGUCCCAUCCUGGCAUUUUCCCUACCAGUUGUUGGACUCUCUUCAUCGAACCACUCUUUUGCCCCUUUACAAAUUCAUCACCGCCACACUACUGCACCUCAACACAACCCACGAAACCAACAACCACACAGAUCGAAAAGGAAAAAGUGGAGGAAGAAUAAGAAUGGAAAGGUAGAAGAAGUUAAGAAGCCUAAGUGCAGAUCAAAUGGCAAUGAUGACGAGGAUGAGGAUGGCAAUCUCGAAGAUUCGAAGGAGAAUGGAAAGGCAGAAGAAGUUAACAAGCCAAAGCAGAAUAAACAGAAAAAGCCUAUGGUCAGUGACGCGGAAGCCACCGCCAAGGUCGAUCCUGCUGAUCUAGUGGGUUUUUGACAUUGGAGUUGCCCGAGUUUCGUGUGGAGCUUAAACUUUAAGCUGUAGCUGUGGAACUUCGUUAUGUGUUUCAAUUUCC